AUGUCGAGCUACAGCCGCCAUCGACGCGGCACGCCUUCUCCCAAAUUUCGCCCCAUUCGCCAGAAGCUACAGUUCACAUCCAGCGACGGAGAAGACGACUCGAUCGAGGACGUCCACAACAGCACCGGGGGAGAGUCCGGCUUCACAGAGAUCGACUCCCCGACGCCUGCGCGACGAGGCGCCGCCGAUCCGCUGGGAGAGGGCGGCAGCAGCCCCCUCAACCAGUCCGGCGGAGACGACGACGUGGAGCUGUGGGACGAAGAAGACGGCUUCAGCUCCCCUGCAAUACAGUCUCCUAACAGCGUCAUUUUCACCAACUGUUCGGCGUCUCCUCGGAAGCCGUCGCGGCUGUUCGGAGGGUCGCCGGAGCGGAGCUACGUCCAGGAUGACGGAGAGGAGGGAUCCAGCUCACCCAUCCCGGACUGCCCGGACACUCCUCCGCAUAAAACCUUCAGAAAACUGCGGCUUUUCGACACCCCGCACACACCAAAGAGUUUGCUGUCCAGGGCCAGAGGCUCUGUUCCAGGAUCUUCCAGCAGGAGAGUCGCUCUCUUCAAGAACAGCGUGGAUUCUCCACGGAAGUCUCUCACAGACAGCAGCAGGAGACAACAGCUCCCCCAUGUCAACUUCAACCCCUUCACCCCUGAUUCACUCCUCAUCCAGUCUGCCACCCAGCAAAGAAACAGGAAGCGAGCACAUUGGAAUGACUCCUGUGGAGAAGACAUGGAGGCCAGUGAUGGAGAGGGAGAAGAGGAACUCCUCCCACCCUCUAAGAGGAUCACCAUGAUGGAAAACAACAUGACAUCUCGCUAUGCAUCAGAGUUCCUGGAGCUGGAGAAAAUUGGUUCUGGUGAAUUCGGAGCGGUUUUCAAAUGUGUAAAAAGGCUCGACGGUUGCAUCUACGCCAUCAAGAGGUCAAAGAAACCGCUGGCGGGAUCGGUGGACGAACAGAACGCUCUGCGGGAGGUUUACGCCCACGCCGUGCUAGGCCAGCACCCCCAUGUGGUGCGCUACUACUCAGCCUGGGCCGAGGAUGACCACAUGCUCAUCCAGAACGAGUACUGCAAUGGCGGCACUCUGUCCGACGUCAUCACUGACAACUACAGGCGGCUCAGCUACCUAUCUGAGCUGGAGCUGAAAGACCUGCUGCUGCAGGUCACCCGGGGACUCAAAUACAUCCACUCCAUGUCUCUGGUGCACAUGGACAUUAAGCCCAGUAACAUCUUCAUUUCACGCAAAGCUGUGGCGAGUUGUGAUGAAUCAGACGAGGACGAUGGACCGACCACCAGUGUUGUCUACAAAAUCGGUGAUCUUGGUCACGUGACUCGAGUGAACAAUCCACAGGUGGAGGAGGGAGACAGUCGAUAUCUGGCCAAUGAAGUCCUGCAGGAGGACUACAGCCACCUAGCAAAGGCAGACAUCUUCGCUUUGGCUCUUACUGUGAUCAGCGCAUCAGGAGCCGAACCUCUACCCACUAAUGGCGAAAAGUGGCAUGAGAUCCGGCGGGGAAAAUUGCCAUCCGUCCCUCAAGUGCUCUCUGUAGGGUUCCUCAGUUUGCUUAAGCUGAUGAUCCACCCUGACCCAACCAAACGACCGUCGGCGUCAGACCUUAUAAAACACCCGGUGCUUCUAACAGCUGCCAGAAUGAGUGCCGACCAGCUCCGAGUCGAGCUCAACGCAGAGAAGUUUAAAAACGCUCUUCUUCAAAAAGAGCUGAAGAAAGCCCAGCAGGCCAGAGCGGCGGCCGAAGAGAAGGUUUUGUCGACAGACAGGAUCCUGACCCGCUCCACGCUGCACCAGUCCAACCCCAGAACCUCCAGGCUCAUUGGAAAGAAGAUGAAUCGAUCGGUCAGCCUCACCAUCUACUGAGACCGUUUCUAUGGGAACUGGAACACAGAGACACGGCGCGCCAUAAACCGCUGCCGGUUCUGUUGGGACGUUCUGCCCAACCUAAACGGAAGACUUAAGCUACACUGAACUUGAAGCUCUCUCAAUGGGCCUUUGUGUAGCUCAGCCCUGUUUCCCCUCUUUGGGGGAGAAUAAACCUAUUUCCUUUAAAGGUAGCUGCCUUACCUUUCCACUUAGUCAUUCCUGAAGUGUGCAAAGAUGUCACACUCUCUCCUGGAUCGCCGCUGCACUUCCCCGGACAACGCCGAAGCCCCGCAGCGGCGGCGGCAGCUCUGCUCAGAGCGAAUGCUCCUGCCUUAGCCGUGCGCACCUUACUGCCUGUCACAAGCCUGAUGGUCUGAGAACGACGUCGUCUGUUUGUAAAGGAGCACUUUGGAGGCAACCUGUGGUACUUCUGCCUACCACAGCAUUUUAAGGAAAAACUGAUUGCUGCUAUUGAUGUUUUGUUUGUUUUAGGGGCUUUACGCAAAGUUUGGAUCAUUUUUAAGAUUAUUGGCUCUUAUCUGUGAAGCAGCAGGUGUUUUUUUUCAUCCACUAAAUCCUGUCUUAGGUUUCUGAUUGAAUCAGGUGAUUUGAUUAAAUCAUUCUGUUUGACCUACCCAGACUAGUAAUCUGACUUCUUUUUUUUUUUAAGUUGUGAAUGAUCCUCUUUGGUUUAGUUUCUGUUCAUGUAUGCUGUCAGCCCCUCGUGUAGCAUUAGAACAAUCAUCGUGUCGUCCUUUGGUUGAUCAUCCGUUCAUCUGUUCAAGAGUUUUCUCAUCUCCAUGUUGUACCCCCCCCCCCCCCCCCCCC